GUAUUCAAUUUUCAAUCUAUUCCUUUAUUUUUAGCUCAAAUUAUCAAUCGAUUUUAGAGAUUUUUUUUUUUAAAUGUCGAAAUUGAUGAUCGAAAUGCCUCCAAAAGGCGGGUUUAGCUUCGAUCUUUGUAAAAGAAACGAGAUGCUUGCGAAGAAAGGCGUUAAUCCACCAUCUAUUAUGAAAACUGGUACCACAAUUGUUGGCUUGAUCUUCCAGGAUGGUGUUAUUCUCGGGGCAGACACAAGAGCAACUGAAGGACCUAUAGUUUGUGAUAAGAAUUGUGCGAAUAUUCAUUACACGGCACCAAACAUACUGUCGUGGAGCUGGAACUGCUGCUGACACAGAGGCAGUGACCGACAUGGUCAGCUCACAGCUCCAGUUACAUCACUAUCACACUGGUAGAGAGUCCAGGGUUGUUACAGCACUCACCCUUCUUAAUAAACACCUUUUCAACUAUCAAGGUCAGGUUUCAGCUGCUUUAGUACUUGGUGGUGUUGAUGUCACUGGACCACAUUUACAUACUAUAUACCCCCAUGGAUCAGCUGACAAAUUGCCAUUUGCUACAAUGGGUUCUGGUUCUCUGGCUGCAAUGGCAGUAUUUGAAUCAAAAUACAAAGAAGGCCUUACUAGAGACGAAGCAAUAGAACUUGUAACUGAGGCUAUAUGCUCGGGUAUCUUCAAUGACCUAGGAAGUGGAAGCAAUGUUGAUAUUUGUGUAAUAACCAAGGGUGGAAAAGAAUACUUGAGGAACCAUCUUCAACCUAACCCUCGCACUUACACUAGUUCCAAGGGCUAUUCUUUUCCCAAGAAGACAGAGGUCCUCUUGACAAAAAUUACACCUUUAAAGGAGAAAGUCGAGAUCAUCGAGGGAGGAGAUGUAAUGGAAGAGUGCCACACUUAUUUACCAUUGUUGGAUCAGCUUCCUUUUUAGCUUUAAGCUCUGUCAAGGUACUGUUUAUCAGUAUUCUUGAAUUGUUAUGUUUUACUUAGGAUUUUGUUGUUUAAUGGAUUGUUUGAGGUGUUUAGACAUUUUAGUUAUGAUAUAUGAUUCAAAUGAAAUUAUCAUUUGUGCAUUUCGAACCACCCCAAGUUCUUUCGCUA